AGAGGGGAGGAUUCCCGCCCUUGGAGAUGGCGCCUCCGCCGAUGGUCUGCCCGGACGACCCCCUGGCCACCGAGACCCGCUCGCCGCAGUCCCGCGAGGGGGACCACGAGAAGUUGGCCAAGGUUCAUUUUAAAAUUUUAAAAGGACAUUCAGCAGCUGUGACCUCCUGUCAUUUCUGUUUUGAUGAAACAAAAGUUCUUUCAGGCUCUUACGACAGCACAGUGAAACUCUGGGAUAUUGCCAGUGCUGCCUGUAUUCAGACCUUUGAGGGUGAGCACACUGGGCCCGUUUCUGAAUGCUGCCUGAGUCCUGAUAAUAAAAGGUUGAUAACAGCAUCAUAUGAUAAAAGUCUAAGGGCCUGGGAUACUGAAACAGGGAAAGUGCUUUGGACUCUAGAGCAGGAUGGCCUUUUGACUUCAUGCCAUAUUUCCCACGAUGGCAAAUAUGUCGCCUCCUGUUCAGAUUUGGAAAAUGCUUUAUUCAUUUGUGGUGUAGAAGAUGCGAAAAAGGUGGCAUAUGUCAAAGAGUAUCACAGAAGCACAGUGAGAAGAUGUCGUUUUGAUCCUCAGAACCAACGAAUAGCUACAGUGUCGUCUGACAUGUCUUUAAAAUUAUGGGAUAUUAUAGCACAGUCUACCACAGUCACAAUUGAGCGGGCACACACCAAUGCAAUUGCAGAUUGCCGUUUCUCCUUGGAUGGCCAUUAUUUGUGCACAGCAGGUUGGGAUGAAGUCAUAAAGUUAUGGGAUAUCAGGACAGGGGAGUUCCGUUCUCAUGGACCCAUUAUUUUGGAUCAGGGCCAUAUAGGAAUAGUUGGCUGCUGUGAUAUUAGUAAGGAUGCAUCGCUUGUGGUGUCUGGAGGUUAUGACAAAACAAUCAUUAUCUGGGACUCACGGGAGGCAUAUAAAAAGAUAUGUUUAAAGGGUCAUGCAGAUUGGGUGACAGACAUUGCCUUGUGUAGCAACAAGAAGUGGCUUGUAUCUGCCUCAAAGGACUGUACUUUGAGAGUUUGGGACAUUGCAAAUGCCCAUGAAAUCCCUGUGGUGGUCCAAGCCAUUAGAACAAGAGGCUCCAAGUUAGCAAAGUGUGAAGAAUGUAAGAAGUCUUUCCUGCUCUUCCACAAUGAUGAAGACAAAGUAGAAAUCAAUUGUGUUUUCUGUCGACUGGCAAGUUACAAAGAAACUGUCCUGCCAGAUCCCCCUCCAUUGCCUCCUUUGCCUCCAGAUUUUUAAAGGAAAUAAAGAUUA